UGUGAGAGCUGUGAUUGGUCACAGCUUGUCACAUGGUACAAGGCAGUUAUUUCACACGUAGUAAGCAAUGAUGUCAGAAGUGACAUCUUGCUUACUACUCUGCAUGUGAUCACUGAUUGGCCAAUCAGUGAUCGCAUGAUCGUGACCUUGCACAGAGGUCCCGUACGGCGAUCAGUGUUCCACUGUGUCAGGGAGCACGCACAAGCAGGGGGCGGGGAAGCCGUUUAUAAAUGGCCACUCGCCCCUGCACUGCCA